UUUGCAGUCUGUAUAGAGUUGGUCCGUUCGCGCAGAGAUCUUAACUUAGGUAUACGCAAUGAGCGGCGGCGUUGGCGAGUAUCGCAAGUCGGCGGGCAAAAGAAUUCAGUUAGUGUUAAAGUGUCGUGUGCGUUGUUGCUGUUCGACGUUCUCUCGCCGUUUCUGCCGUCGCUAAACCUCAUUCCCAAUUUCUGUACAUAGCAUAUACCUAUAUAUAUAUAAUUAUAUAUACACACACACAUUUGCAGACUUACUUCUAUACUCCCCCCCCCCUUCAUACCAUUGACAUCUCGCCGUAGACUGGUCAAUGCUUUCCCGAGUGUCUCCAAAUCUUUGAACAAACAAGUGUGCCACGCCAAAAAUUAUCGUUUCGAACUUGCCGCAGCAUGUGCGCUUCGAGGACAUCGAACACUUGCUAACACCCCAUGGUCCUGUGGUGAACGUUGAUAAAAUGAACUGCAAGGAUCCCGCCUCUCAAAUCGUUCAGAUUACAUUCGAAACUGUCGAACAGGCGCAACAAGCCGUUAAUCACGUGAACGGAGUCGAGCUCGAGGGCAGACACUUGAGGGCGGAGAUGUCGAGCGAUAAGAAGGGCAGACGUGGGCCCCGCGUUCCUGGGGCUCCCUUCGGGGGAUUGCCAGGACAAAACCGCCAGACCGAUUUUCCCCUUCGCAUUCUCGUCCAAAGCGAUAUGGUCGGAGCGAUUAUCGGUAGACAGGGUUCCACUAUUAGGCAGAUCACUCAGCAAACUAGAGCUCGAGUAGACGUGCACAGGAAAGACAAUGUUGGUUCUCUGGAGAAAGCCAUUACCAUUUACGGAAAUCCGGAGAAUUGCACGAACGCAUGCAAGAGGAUCCUGGACGUGAUGCAACAGGAGGCAAAUAAUACAAACAAAGGGGAUAUUUCGCUGAAAAUUCUAGCGCACAAUAAUCUGAUCGGCCGGAUAAUCGGUAAAGGUGGAAACACGAUAAAGCGCAUCAUGCAGGAGACCGACACGAAGAUCACUGUGUCCAGUAUUAAUGACAUCAACUCAUUCAAUCUGGAGCGCAUCAUCACCGUCAAGGGAGUUAUCGAGAACAUGAGCAAAGCGGAAGCUCAAAUCAGCGCCAAACUUCGUCAGAGUUACGAGAAUGAUCUGCAAGCCAUGGCACCUCAAACAAUGAUGUUCCCGGGUCUGCACCCCAUGGCUAUGAUGGCCACCGCAGGAAUAGGUUACGGAUCCAGAGGUUUGUACACUGGACAAGCUCCAUAUCCUGGCAUCUAUCCGGCUGGUGCACCACAGAGCGGAGCAGGAGACACCCAGGAAACGACUUACCUUUACAUACCAAAUAACGCGGUGGGCGCCAUCAUAGGAACCAAAGGAUCCCACAUCCGCAACAUCAUCAGAUUCUCCGGAGCUACCGUGAAAAUUGCUCCACUGGACGAGACCAAGCCGCAGGACAUGCAAACAGAGCGUCGGGUCACUAUUGUCGGUUCACCCGAAGCUCAAUGGAAGGCUCAAUAUUUGAUAUUUGAGAAGAUGCGCGAAGAAGGAUUCGUGGCCGGUUCUGAUGACGUAAGAUUGACAGUGGAAAUAAUGGUGCCUAGUUCGCAGGUGGGCCGCAUCAUCGGUAAGGGUGGUCAGAACGUAAGGGAGCUUCAGAGAGUGACCGGAAGUGUAAUCAAGCUGCCGGAACAAGGCAGCAGCCCGCAAGAGGAUGAGACCACCGUGCAUAUCAUUGGGCCCUUCUUCAGCGUCCAGUCCGCUCAGAGGCGUAUCCGCGCCAUGGUGUUACAAUCGGUGGCGCCGCCCCAAGGAAGGCCUCGCGGCCCCAGAUUACCAAAAGACCAACAAGCUGAUGUCCCAGCUGAAGGUCAACAGUAACCCUUCAAUGAACGCAUCACUGCCGUUAACCGCAUGGGUUUUAAUCAUACGUUAUUUGUACAUAACAUCUCGAGGCCUUCCACAUUUAUCUAAUUUUUAUUAAAAAAGAAACUAAGAGAAAGAAAGAUAAAUAACAAAUAGUAUAUUUAUAAAAAGAAGAGAAAAAAGAAACUAAAAAAAGAACCUCAAAUACCUCAAUGCUAUAAGUGCUACAUCUUUUAAGAAGAUUUAUUAUUUAUUAUUAUUGGGAGAUUUAAUUUAGAGUUGAAUUUAAUGCUAUAUUAUUACACUUUUUUUUAAUUUAAUUUUUAUGAUGUUAUUAUUUUUGUGUGUAUUAAAAGAUAAAAAAAAAAACGUCGGAGGAGAGAAAGAGAAAUUUUAACGGUGUUAACUAUAUAUACGAUUCAGUGGAUAACGAAGGAAGACGGAACUCGGAAUAACGGUAUGAUGUAAACUGCGUGCCCCUCACAAAUGAUUUAAGGAUUAACAAAACAUACAAGCAUUAAGAAAAAAAGAAGAUGAAAUAACUACUAUAUAAAUAUAUAUUAUAUUAACUAUUACUACUACAACUACCUCAAACAAUCAAAACAAUUAGAGAAUAUUAAAACAAAUCAAGUCAUUGAAAACAAAUUGCAGAAUAUUUUACAGCGACCAACCACAAUGAACCUCAGAUAUAUUAUAAUAAAUAUAUUUUCUUUUUUUUUGAUAAUUUGAAAUAUUAUAUAUUAGAUAUAUAUACUAUAUACAAAGUUUUAAAACAAAGGGAGAUUUUUUAACACUAAAGGACAACCAAAGAUAUAUUAACUACUACUACUACUACGAUUUUAUUGAAAGAAAUACGAAUCAACAAAAAUUUCGGAAAUUGAUUAAAAGAAUACACAAGCGAGAGAGCGUUUUGACACACGAUUGUAUGGGAGCUUUUUAUUACUCGAAAAGAAAAGACGAAAAAGGAGAGACACUUAGUAAACAAUUUUGUUAUCUUCUUUUUUUCGAUACACGAUCGUGUUCAUCUGCGCGCACAAUAUAAUUAAUUAUAUUAAGUGAAGAAAGAAGCAAAAAAAACUGGAUUAUGACCAUUUCAAUUGUCUUUUAACGAGAUGAAAAUUUAAAAUAGUAACAAUCUGUUUCGAUUGAAUCCGGAACCAGCCCAUGCAGUCACAGUUUAGGUAACCUGAAAAUAACAAGAAGAAUCGUUUACAUCAGUAAAGGCAGAUUAAGUUCCUUUUUUUUAUGAAAGUGGUAAUUUGCGGUGCAGUUCGGAUGGUUUUAUCCUCCAGACGCGCAAAGUACGAAAAGAAAAGAGAGAAAAUAUAAUAAAGAAACAAACGUGGCUGUUGUUAACUUAUUUGUGUGAAUGUGUGAUUUUAAUUUUUAAAUAUGUUUUUCGUUCUAUUCUAUUAUUUUUUUGACAAUUCGGCGUGCGAAAACACACAUAUGCAAUACCAUGAAGAUAUCUUGUAUUUUAUUAAGCCGUUCGAACGGAGUGAAAGGAAAAAUUGGGUCGCCGAAUUGUGGAGAAAAAUGAUUUUGAUUUUAUUAUUAUUUUAUAUUUUUUUUUGCGAAAUUAUUUUAUA